AUUUUGUACGCAUGCGCUCUUGCACAUACCUGGAUUCUGCUUAAAUGCGGCGAACGGGGAUUUCUCUUAUAUACAGACAGAUUUCUAAGAAAGUGAACCGGUAAGUUAUUGUAAAUUGAAAGAGAAGAGGAUGCGUUUGAAAACUACGUUGCCGAAGGAAGCAAAACAUUCUGACCUGGUGAGCUGUGUGGGAUGGACAUCACCUGAUGAACUGUUCUCAGGUGCAGAUGACCACAUCAUCUUGAAAUGGAACUUGCUAACAGGCCUGGAGACAAGCAAAUUGCUCACCCUCCCCAAUGAGUGCUAUCCAACUGGAAUGCACUUCUUCCCAAAGGCUGGCAGUAGUGGUGGACCAAAGAAAUCAGGCGGGGAUGUAUUUGCCCUCACAUCUACAGAUGGCAAAUUCCACUUGAUCAGUCGCACUGGGCGUGUUGAGAAGAGUGUGGAAGCCCACAAAGGUGCUGUGUUGUCUGGGAAAUGGAGUUACGACGGAACAGCCCUUGUCACUGCUGGAGAAGAUGGUCAAGUAAAAAUCUGGUCACGUAGUGGAAUGCUUCGCUCAACUCUUACACAGAACAGCCUGACUGUGUAUGCAGUGUCUUGGGGGCCAGAUUCAGACCAGGUCUUGUUCACCAAUGGCAAGCAGUUAGUCAUCAAAUCUCUUCAGGCCAAUGCCAAACCCUUAAUGUGGAAGGCUCAUGAGGGAGUUGUGUUGGUGGCUGACUGGAAUCCUGUCAAUAACCUCAUCCUGUCUGGUGCUGAAGACUGCAAAUAUAAGGUGUGGGACACUUAUGGCCGACUGAUGUACAGCAGCUCACCUCAUGAGUAUCCCAUAACCUCAGCUUCCUGGACACCAGACGGGGAGAUGUUUGCUGUUGGAUCCUUCAAUACCCUCAGACUCUGUGACAGGAGCGGGUGGUCCUAUGCCCUUGAGAAGCCAAAUACAGGCAGUAUUUUCAACUUGGCAUGGUCGAGUGAUGGCACCCAAGUGGCAGGUGCAUGUGGGAAUGGCCAGGUCAUCAUUGCAAAUGUUAUAGAGAGGAGACUAGAAUGGAAGAACUUUGAAGCCACACUAGUAGCAAGUAAACAGAUCCGUAUACGUAAUGUGAUGAAUGAUGCUGGGGAGAAGCUGGACUUCAGAGACAGAGUCAUCAAACUUUCUAUGUCAUUUGCUCAUCUGGUGGUUGCCACAUCAUCUCAGUGUUACAUUUACAGCACAAGGAACUGGAACACUCCAAUGAUAUUUGAUCUGAAGGAAGCUAGUGUUACUCUCAUCAAGCAAGCAGAGAAGCAUUUCCUGUUGGUGGACGGAGGUGGUGUUUAUGUAUAUUCUUAUGAUGGCCGCCUUGUGUGUAGUCCUCGUCACCAGGGCAUGAAGGCAGAUAUCCUCAACACACAGACCAUCUCGCUCAGUAAUGACACAGUUGCUAUUCGCGACAAAGCAGACGAAAAAGUGGUGUAUGUGUUUGAUGCUCAGACUGGCAAGAGUAUGGGAGAUGGCAAGCCAGUUACUCACAAGGUUGAGGUGAUGGAGGUAGCUCUGGACCAGUUCGGCCCUGCUACAGAGCGGAGGCUGGCCAUAAUAGACAAGAAUAGAGACCUGUACCUGACGUCAGUCAGAGUGUUUGGCACAGACAGAAAAUCUGUUAAACUCGGUACAAUGAUCCAGUCCCUGGCAUGGAAUGAUGAUACCAACAUGCUGGCAGCAAUGACCGAUGGCUGUGUCCUGGUCUGGUACUAUCCAAAUGCUGUAUUUGUUGACCGAGACCUCCUGCCCAAAACCCUGUACAGGAAAGAUGCCAGUGAAUUUGGCAAGGCACCGCAACUUAUUGAUUUUGUCGGCAAUCAUUUAAUCCUGCGUCGAAGUGAAGGCUCUCUGAUCAGCACCACAGUGUCCCCAUACCCUGGAGUCCUCCACAGCUAUGCCAACUCUAGUCGCUGGGGAGACUCCCUCCGUCUCUGUCGCUUUGUUAAGGAGGACACACUGUGGGCAUGUCUGGCAGCAAUGGCAUCCUAUGCCAAGGAACUCAACACAGCAGAGGUAGCAUAUGCUGCCAUCAAAGAGACUGACAAAGUGCAGUUCAUUAUGAAUAUCAAAGAUAUUCCUGUGAAAGAGGCCCGCAAUGCUGAAAUGGCUCUGUUGUGUGGAAGUCCACAAGAUGCUGAAGCCAUCCUGCUGCAGGCUGGACUCACAUUCAGGGCCAUCAUGCUCAACAUCCAGCUGUAUAACUGGGACAGGUCACUAGAGCUUGCUGUGAAGCACAAGACUCAUGUUGAUACUGUGCUUGGUCAUCGUCUCAAGUACCUUGAUAGAUUUGGUAAAAAAGAGACCAAUAAGAGAUUCUUGCAGUACAAGGAAGGGAUCGAAGUUGAUUGGGAGAAGAUCGAGGCCAAGAUAGAAAUGGAAUAUCAGAAGGAGCGUGAGCGUCCAUCAGCAGGGAGUACAUCUGCAUCCAGCACAUCUCAACGAUCUCGCCCAGGGCCUACACCCUCCACUACAUGAUUUACUGGCCCCACAUCCACUACAGAACCUGAUGACCGGAACGGCCAAUACUUUUCAUAAGAACAUCAGUGUCAGUGUGAAUGUUUGUGCACUGAUCUGUACAUACUGGUAGGUCAAUGACACUAGUUAGACAUGUGUACUUUAUACUGCCUGUGUCAAUGUUAUUUACAAAUUCAGCCUGUAGAAUCCAACACAAUAUAUAGCCUGCCAUAGUCUGGGUAGCGAAAACACCAUAAGUCCGGCCUAUUACUGUUCUUGGUCAGAGAAAGAAAACAUGAAAUUAAUGCUAAAUCCUGGCCCGAAAGGUGUCAUGAAAUGAAUACGAGAAACCAGAUUGAAUCACAACCUCAUUAAUUGGCAAAUAGAACACUAAGAAUACCAUGAUAUCAUAUGGAAUAUCAUAAUAUGGUAUUGAAUGAUUAUUCAAAUUUGGCAGCUGUCAUGACUGGUUCAUCCUCUCAAUGUAAAGUAGAUUGGACACUGUGCCCAGUGAGAGACUCUCAACAACAUAAGUAUAUUGUUAGUAUGCAGGUGGAUGCGUAAUGGAUAUCAGCAGUACCUCAAGUGCUUGCAUGGAUUUCUAAUGACUAAUACCUGUUCCACAUUCAGGGUCAUCUGUUAGAUUCAGCUAUUCAUUAUUUAUGUGUGUGCACGUCAGGUUCCAACAUAGCAGCAGUUGUAUAUAUAUUAUACUGUCAAAUCAUACAGAGUGUUUGUUCUGUCAUUGUCGUUGUACCAACAAACUCUGUCCAUCCGUCCAUCUGAAGACAUUUUUGUUCAAACAAUAACUUGAAAACUAUUGGUUGGAUUUUUUUCAAAUUUAGGGACCACCUCGUUAGUCUAAAGGAUGGGUGCAGUGCAAAUUAGGAUUACGAUAUUUUAGGGUGUUUCUUUUUAGAAUUGCAGACAAUUACAAAUUUGAAAUUAGAAAAGUUUCUUCAGCCAACAACUUGAAAACUCUUGGAUAGUUUUCAAAUUUGGGGACCACAUUCCUUGUGUGAAGAAGAGGUGCGUUGCAAAGUUAUAUUGUGAUAUUUCUAAUUUAUCAAGAAUUAUCAAAACUUACACAUCUUGAACUUGAGGGGGUUGGGGAAGUCCCACAUCGAAUUUGUGCAACCAGUAACUUUACAGUCAUUUUAUGGAAGUUGUCAGAUUUGGAUAAUGGUAUCUUUGUUUAUAGGAAAUGUGCUGUGCAAAUUGUGAUAACGCUUUUUUCAAGAAUGAACAUUAUAAAAUGUUGUUCAUCUGAAGUUAGGAGUCACGGUCGGGGAUAUCAGUAAGCCUUCCACAUAUUUUCGGCUUGCUAUGUAUGACCCGCUAGGCCCCAUACCUAGGGGUCAGAUCUCUGUUAGGUGUACAUUGAAAACCAUCAGUGAAAGGAAAGUUACUUUUUGGUGAAUGACUGUUACAAGUUGUUCUGUUAAUGUUAACGUCAGUCCUUCUGGCUUGCUUGCAUGUUCAGAAAUCAAUCUUCACCAGGCUACCUAUAUCGUUUGUUCCUAUUUUGCAUCUUGAGAUGUUUUUCUUGUACAUAUGGAUUUAUCUGUGAUACCAUUUGUGGUACAUUCCAUGUUCAUGAACAAAGUGUACAAACAAGCCGUCCAUGUCGCCUAUUCUUUUUAAUAAACCAAUCUGAAAACAAA